ACCCACAGGCCGAUCCCGUCAAAAAUCCUGGCUCCGGACUGGACGCGGGCGCCGCCCCUGCUCUGCCUGCCGUGUACCGAGGGUACCCGUCCGCGCGUCGCCUCCCGCGCCACCACCCCGUCCAAGUCGCCGGGUCGUCGCGCGCAUCGAUCACCUCCACCCCACCGCCACCACUUCUUAUAUCGCAUCGCAGCAGCCACCCACGACUCCAGCAGCAGCACCCCCAAACGCACAGCUCGAGCACCUGAGGUAGUGAUAGGAGCAGAGCAGCAGCUAGCCAUGCUCCAGGCCAGAACGGAGCGGGCGGCGGCGGCGAGGCUGUGGGUGCCGGGGAUGAGCCCGGGGCCGAUGGACGCGGGGUCGGCGCGAGCGCAGGAGAUCGCGCGGCGGCGGGAGGAGAUGCUGGGGAUGCUGCACGACCUCCCCGAGUCUGAGUACGAGCUCUCGCUUACCGACCUCGUCGAGAAGGCCGGGGGCGACGCCAACGAAGAAGCCGCCGACACCGCCGCGCCCGCGCCCGUGCCCCCGUCCGAGGGGAAGGAGCAGCCGGACCCGGCCGCGCGGUCGGGGUCAGGGAGGCCGGCGGGGAAGCCGGAGCGGAGGGCGUCCGCGCGGCGGCGGGACAGCGGGAGCGUCGGCGGCGGGAGCAGCUUCCGCAGCAGCAGCGACGGCGUCCUGCUCAACUUCUACAUGCCGCGGUCGCUCACCCGGAGCUUCACCGCGCCGCGGCCCAGCCGGACGCCCUCCAUCUCCGGCGGCCGGACCCCCAGCGUCGCCUCCGAGUGCAACAAGAGGGAGAGGGACCCGGACGCCGAGACCGUCAAGUGCUGGUCACUGCUGUGGGAUCGGCGGUGGCGCAAGUCCAGCCGGCGGGACCCGGGCGCGCCGCCCGGCGAGUCCGCCAUCCACGUCGCGUCGGCCGCGAUCCUCAAAGCGGCCAAGCAUUCCGCCGCUUCACCGGGCAAAGUCUGAGCCUGCUCCUAGUUUUUCGGUCACUUGCCCGGCUGCGUUCAGGCUUGCAGGUUGCAGCUCUGUGCAUAUGCUUUGUGUAAUGUGUUUGUGAUAUACUGAUACGUUUUGUUUAGCUUGCACUAGUAUAGCCGUGUUCACUUGGGUUGUGUGUGUGUGUAGAACAGAAACUUGGCUUUCCCCAGGAGCUCGAUUGAAAACAAAUGGAGAAUACAGUUGCAAUCA